AAUUUAUUUUGAUAAGAAGGAGAAGCAAUUUCAGAAAACAAUAAUUUAACUCACGUAUUCUAGAUUUAGACCGACUAGAUUGGUGACUAGAUCUAUACAAGCAGGAAGUAUUUAGGAACUCUAUGGCUUCGGCUGGUUUUGAUAUCGCUAAAGCAGGCUGGCUUUAUCGUCAAAGCUCAGUUUUGCACAGAUGGAAAAAAAAUUGGUUUGUACUAGACCGCCUGGGUGAUUUACGUUAUUUUGAGAAUCCUGAUACUCCACGAGCUGAAGAGAGAAUAGUUGUUCGUGCAGCUGUUUUACAGAUCAAGAGUGGACCUGAUUGCAGAAAAGCUGAUCCUCCUGAGGGAGUUAGCCAAGCAAAGGCAUGUUAUCUGGAACUUGUUAUGAAGGACAAAGAAUCAAUGCUUCUUUGUGCUGAAUCAUUUGAUGACAUGAGAGCUUGGCAGAUAGCACUCGAAGAAGCAAGAACACUACCUGUGCCAGUGCAGCCACCACAUGUAACAACUUCAACCACAACAUAUGUUUGUCCUCCUGGGUACUACUAUGGCAGUCCAUAUUAUGGAGGAGGCUAUCAAGGCCAAAUUAUUAGCCCGCCACCAGCUCAAGUGCUUCAUACACGUGGAGGAACUACUAUAAUUAAUGCUCCCCCCGGACAACAGAUAGUGUAUGUUGAUGAUGCACCUUACAGAUACAGAAGAACUUACACCACAGGAAUCUAUCCCGUGCCUAUGUUUUUCUGGUGAUUGACAUGUAUUUCAUUUUUCACUAUAAAAGUACAGGCAUUUGUAGAUUUUUUUUUUACAAUUAUUUGUUUUGUGACUGUAACAUUUCAUUUCUCAUUCCAUUGUAAUAACAUGUGUUAGCUGUUAUAAUAUUUUGGUUUUAACUCUUUCUCUCCUAAUUAACGAUACCAUUGUUGAUUUGAUCCCAUUAAAUUAAAUUAAUUUUUGUUUUUAUGCACUUUAAUUUGUGUUGUAUAAAAAGAGCAUGCAUUCUCCUAAAAUUCUGUACCAAAAGUAACAUUUUCUAAUUACAAACAAAAAUGUUAUUAAAGUUUAAUGAUAACAAGGUAGAAUAUACAAAUGUGAAUAAUGAACAAUUCUGUCAGGAGAUAAAGAGUUAAGUAUAUACUUGCAUAAUAUUUUUUUUACUGCAUUUCUUUAGCAGCUCAAAAAGAUGUUUUCAGAACCAUAUAUUUAAAAAAUAUUAUCUACAUAGCACAUUAUCAUGCUAGUCUUUUUUUUCCUAAAAUUAAUACUUAAGUGCAAUACCUAACAUAACAAUAGUAAUAUAACAAUAGUUUUUUUUUCCUUCCGUUUUUUUUAUUCCAAAUUCAGGAUUUAUUUUUAGUUGUUAAAAUUUAUUAUAAACACAAGAGACAUAUUUUAGUAUAAAUUCUUAUUGUGUAAAGUUAUCAGAUCAUGUGGGUUAAUAUGUAAAAAAAUAAAUUCUUUGAUCAUAGAAUAUUACAACAAAAUGUUUUACUUUUUAGAUUGUUAUUGUUAUACUGUAGAUGUCUUUUUUUUUUUUAAUCAGAUUGUUUAGAUGCUUUGCUUUUUAUAUAUCUGUAUUUAGAGAUUUUGCCUCAAAAUAUAAUAGUGUUACGAACCAAUAAUAAAAAAAUUAAAAUAAAAUUUUAAAAUAAGCUCAAAUAUAUGUUUUUUUUUUGUAAGUUUUCGUUCUUUGUUUUAUUGUACUUGUUAUGGCUUCUCUACAGUGAGAUAAGUAUCUAACAAAUGACCUUCUAUUUGUAAUUGGUGCAGAUUUGGUGAUUAGUACAACACCAGGAAAUUUGAGUAGCACCUUAUCAAAAGAACAUGUUGAUCUAAUAUAGUCAUAGCUUUGACGUUUUAGUCUAACUUACUUACUAGCUUAUCUUGGAAACUGAAUCAGUGAUUCAAUCAUGGAUAUAACUUUAUUGUGAUAUUGUUAAAACACAUUUGCAUCAUUCUAUUUUUUGUUAUAUAUCUGUGCUUUCAAUAGAUCUACAUUUGAGGAGUAAUAAACUAUUAUUUGUUUAAGA